CCUCUCCAAACCCUGUGCCAGACGGUAUAGCACUACCCCGCAGCCGUUUGAGCCAUCGGACUCGAAAGCGAACAUGAUAGCGGGAACACAGUCCUCGUGUUCCGGGCGAAAGCAAUCAGGGCGCAUAGAUAUCCGGCCCUGACACGCGUGCGCCAGGACUGAAAUUUAUCAAGUCGAGAUUCAGAUCAGAAGCAAGCUUUUUAUCAUUACAAUCAUCUCUCAAAAUUCACCCAUCGUUGUCAUGAGCUUCACAGCAACCAUCACGAGCUCUCAGAGCGGCCUUUCUCCGCAGCCCAAUCGCGAACAAGCGACGGGGGAGCUACUGGAGAAUGCUGCAGCGCAACACACCAAGCCUCUAUGGGCACAGAUGGCGCGUCUCAACCCUCCUCUGCCAGACCCAAAAUGCAUUCCCCAUGUGUGGGAGUACGACAAGAUCCGACCGAGCUUGCUGCAAGCUGGAGAACUCAUCACGGAGAAGCAGGCUGAACGUCGUGUGCUGAUGCUGGUGAAUCCCAAGCGAGAAGCGCCGUUCACAACUGAUACGAUCUAUGCUGGACUUCAGCUUGUCAUGCCCAACGAGGUUGCGCCAGCUCAUCGCCAUACCGCUUUUGCUUGUCGUUUUAUUAUCGAAGGGAAUGGAGGUUUUACCGCAGUGCACGGGAAGCGUAUUCAGAUGCAGCGCGGCGAUGUCAUCCUAACUCCGACCUGGAAUUGGCACGACCAUGGCAAAGAUGGAUCCGGGCCGAUGAUCUGGCUAGAUGGCUUAGACCUCCCUAACUUUGUCCAUUACCCGGUCCACUUUGUAGAGCACUAUGCCGAUCCAAGGUAUCCGGCUCAAGAUAUUGACACCUCGGCAUCUUCUAUCGUGUUCCCAUGGAGCCGGAUGAAGGCUCAGCUUGACGAGGACACCGAAGAAAGCACAUCAAAGCCGUACCUGAAGGCUGACGGAUCCGAGAUCAGCCGCACUUUGGGCGCAUCUGCCACUCGCAUUUCCGCCGGUAAGUCAAGCCCGCCAAUCCAGACGACAGCCUCGUCUGUAUUCCAUGUCAUUGAGGGUUCUGGGACCUCCACAAUUGCGGGUAAAGAAUAUUCUUGGAGAAAGGGCGACACGUUCUGCAUUCCCUCGUGGCAUGAGUAUCAGCACCAUGCAGAUGAUGCAAACACGGUGUAUUUAUAUCGAGUGAAUGAUGAGCCUAUGCUCAAAGCUUUGGGCUUUUAUCGACACAAAGGGCAGGAUGCGGAGUCACUAGUAUCGGAAUGAUGAGUCCUAUUGAAU